AUGGAGGGGAUCAUCCUGACGUACGUUAGAGGCAUGCCGCAGCGCAAGGGUCGUCGACUGCUCUGGCGUUUCCAGUUACGGUCCAGGGUUGGGAGUGGUACCCUUUCCGCGGGGGAGGGACAAGCGGGACGGAGACAGGUCAACGGCGUCAGCACCCAGGACGAGUCCGUGACCACGAUCGUACUCUGUUUUGGGGGUAGAGACAAGGGAAGCGCGAGAUCGAGGUGCACCACACAGCAGCAAGGUCCAGAGGGGCCUAGCCCUCUUUGGAGGGGAGCAAGGAUGACGGGCGAGGCGAUUGGGCAGGACAUGACGAGUGAGCCGUCCUGGAGCAGUCGCGAGGGGAGGACGCUGCGGGGACUAGCAGAGGUUGGGCAGAAACGACCGCUUCGGGGCAUGCCUGGGCAUCGAUACCCAACCGUACUGGUGCGUUUCUGGCUGUUGUCCAGUGGGAAGCCGCCCCGGCGUAAGAGCAGCACCCGCCAUCCAUGUGGUGCGGCGUUGGCCAGUCACAAGCGGCCGCGGUGGCCAGUGAGCAGCUGGGCUUUGCUGCCCACACACACCACCACCACCACCAGGUCGGUCGGCGUCCAGCACAACCUCAAGGCGCGCACGCAGGGAGUGGGGUGA